AUGGGGAAGGUCAAUUUCAAGAGUGAACAGAUGGGCAGAAGCUGGCGGUCUUCACAAUGGUUCAUCCUAGUGACGAUCGCGAUCGCCUUAUUCUCGGAAACUUUUAUAUAUGGCUUCCUUGUGCCCUUAUUCCCAUAUAUGCUUCGGGAGCGACUACACUUGGACCCAGCCAGAAUCCAGGAACUGACCUCACUUGUCCUAGCCGUACAUGGAAUCGUCUCGGUCGUGUCGGGUCCUAUCAUCGGUCACUUCGCCGACCAAUGCUCGAAUCGAAAACUCCCACUACUCUUUUCACUUUUCGCCUGCAUCUUCGGGACGGGCAUGGUUGCUGGCGCGACUUCGCUUCCGGUGUUGUUUACCGGCCGUGUGAUGCAAGGCAUUGCUGGAUCCUCGGUAUGGAUUAUCGGCCUUGCGACCGUGGCUGAUACCGUGGGAGGAGACAAUAUGGGUAAAGUUGAGGGCAUCAUGAUGUCGUUUUUGUAUGGUGGAUUGAUAGGUGGGCCAUGCAUUGCUGGUUGGCUUUUAGCCUAUGUUGGUUAUUGGCCGACGUGGUUGCUGCCGCUUGUGCUUCUUCUUCUCGACUUCAUCGCCCGUCUUGUCAUGGUUGAAAAUUGUGCAGUUCCAACCUCCAGCAGCGGACCGGAAACAUCAUCGAAAGCGGACGGUUCCACGAAGCCAUUACUCUCUCCAUGUGAAGAUACCCCCACAAACUACCCGUCGGAGAACUUCUGGCGCAUUAUACUUACGGACGUUCGGGCGGUGGUUGCAAUCUGCGUUGCCAUUUCGGCAAACACAGUUGGCACCAGUUUCCAUGCCACCCUCCCUCUUCAUGUACAGGAAACAUUUGGCUGGGGCUCCGGAAGAAGUGGCUCCUUGUUCGCUUGUCUUAUUAUGCCGACUGUUGUACUUAGUCCAGUGGCCGGAUGGCUGCGGGAUUGUUUCGGAGUCCGGUACCCUGCCAGUGCAGCCGCUGUUUUUCAAGCGGUGAUGUUUGGGAUAUUAGGCCUUGCCGGUACUGAUCUUCUGCCUUGGACGAGUGCUCAGUCUGGAGGGGGAGCCUUGUACACGGGGUGCAUACUUGCCAUUGGUGCGGCGCGACCAUUCACGGCAAAUGUAGGCCCUGUCGAACUCUCGUCCAUUGUCAGAGAAUAUCAAGAAAAAUCACCUGGUAUAUUUGGACCUGAAGGGGGCAUGUCUCGGGUUUUCUCGCUUGACGACGUUGCUGCAUCGCUUGGCACGGUUCUGGGCCCAAUAAUUGGUGGCUUCCUUACGCAGUAUAAGGGGUAUGAUUUUAUGUGCUUCACGUGGAGUAAGCUAUCUCGUCGACUCCCUGGACAUGGAUCACUCUAA